AGUCUAACAGGAAUACAGACUCCCAGUCUGAACUCGCCUCUCUGGAUGUUUCCUCCUCACAGUUUAGUUUCACUUUCUCUUACAGGUGUGUCGCAGAUAGUUUUCUCCGUCUGAACCUCCAGCUGAAGAUGAAAGUGUGUGUGAGAUGAGCAGCAGGAAUCAGUGUGAGGACAGAAAGGAGGGAGGCGCUCCCUCUAAAACCACUGGACCUGGACCUGGACCAGGACCUGGACCUGAGCCCAGCGGUGUGUCCUUCAGGAGUGACCGGUCAGCGGAUUUUCUAAUUGACUUUAAACAAAGUCAUGAAAAAAGACUCCAUCAGAGACCAGACUCACCUGAACCUGAACCCAGCUGUGUGUCCUUCAAGAGUGACAGGUCACAUGAUUUUUUGAUUGAUUUUAAACAAAGCCGAGGAAAAAAAGUGGACCAGGAGAGGUGGGAGGUGCCCAGUGGUCAGUCUGCCCAGCAGCAUCAGACACACCUGGACUCAGUUUUUAAGCUGCUGGAGGAGAACAUUGUCACUUUUGUGAAGAACGAGCUGAAGAAGAUCCAGAAGGUUCUGAGUUCAGAUUACCCAGAAUGCUCAGAGAGUCAGAGGGAGGAUGAGGAGGAUAAAGAUCAGAGGAGGAGCAGCAGAGAGGCAUUUCUGAAGAUCACACUUGACUUCCUGAGGAGAAUGAAGCAGGAGGAGCUGGCUGACUGUCUGCAGAGCAGGAGUCCUGCUGGAGUUUGUCAGCAUAAACUCAAAUCCAACCUUCAGAAGAAGUUCCAGUGUGUGUUUGAGGGGAUCGCUAAAGCAGGAAACCCAACCCCUCUGAAUCAGAUCUACACAGAGCUCUACAUCACAGAGGGAGGGACUGCAGAGGUCAAUGAUGAACAUGAGGUCAGACAGAUUGAAACAGCAUCCAGGAAACCACACAGACCAGAAACAACAGUCAGACAAAAAGACAUCUUUAAAGCCUCACCUGGAAGAGACGAACCAAUCAGAACAGUGAUGACAAAGGGAGUGGCUGGCAUCGGGAAAACAGUCUUAACACAGAAGUUCACUCUGGACUGGGCUGAAGACAAAGCCAACCAGGACAUACAGUUCACAUUUCCAUUCACUUUCAGAGAGCUGAAUGUGCUGAGAGAGAAAAAGUUCAGCUUGGUGGAACUUGUUCAUCACUUCUUCACUGAAACCAAAGAAAUCUGCAGCUUUGAAGAGUUCCAGGUUGUGUUCAUCUUUGACGGUCUGGAUGAGUGUCGACUUCCUCUGGACUUCCACAACACUGAGAUCCUGACUGAUGUUAGAGAGUCCACCUCAGUGGAUGUGCUGCUGACAAACCUCAUCAGGGGGAAACUGCUUCCCUCUGCUCGCCUCUGGAUAACCACACGACCUGCAGCAGCCAAUCAGAUCCCUCCUGGGUGUGUUGACAUGGUGACAGAGGUCAGAGGGUUCACUGACCCACAGAAGGAGGAGUACUUCAGGAAGAGAUUCAGAGACGAGGAGCAGGCCAGCAGAAUCAUCUCCCACAUCAAGACAUCACGAAGCCUCCACAUCAUGUGCCACAUCCCAGUCUUCUGCUGGAUCACUGCUACAGUUCUGGAGGAUGUGUUGAAGACCAGAGAGGGAGGAGAGCUGCCCAAGACCCUGACUGAGAUGUACAUCCACUUCCUGGUGGUUCAGGCCAAAGUGAAGAAGGUCAAGUAUGAUGGAGGAGCUGAGACAGAUCCCCACUGGACUCCAGAGAGCAGGAAGAUGAUCGAGUCUCUGGGAAAACUGGCUUUUGAUCAGCUGCAGAAAGGAAACCUGAUCUUCUAUGAAUCAGACCUGACAGAGUGUGGCAUCGAUAUCACAGCAGCCUCAGUGUACUCAGGAGUGUUCACACAGAUCUUUAAAGAGGAGAGAGGACUGUACCAGGACAAGGUGUUCUGCUUCAUCCAUCUGAGUGUUCAGGAGUUUCUGGCUGCUCUUCAUGUCCAUCUGACCUUCAUCAACUCUGGUGUCAAUCUGCUGGUAGAGGAAAAAACAGCAGACCAUCAAUCUGUAGAGAAACAUCUCUACCAGAGUGCUGUGGACCAGGCCUUACAGAGUCCAAAUGGACACCUGGACUUGUUUCUCCGCUUCCUCCUGGGUCUUUCACUGCAGACCAAUCAGACUCUCCUGCGAGGGCUGCAGACACAGACAGGAAGUAUCUUACAGACAAAUCAGGAAACAGUCAAGUACAUCAAGAAGAAGUACAAAAACAUUCUGUCUGCAGAGAGAAGCAUCAAUCUGUUCCACUGUCUGAAUGAACUGAACGAUCGUUCUCAAGUGGAGGAGAUCCAACAGUACCUGAGUUCAGGAGGUUUCUCCAGAGAUAAACUGUCUCCUGCUCAGUGGUCAGCUCUGGGCUUCAUCUUACUGUCAUCAGAAAAAGAUCUGGCUGUGUUUGACCUGAAGAAAUACUCUGCUUCAGAGGAGGCUCUUCUGAGGCUGCUGCCAGUGGUCAAAGCCUCCAACAAAGUUCUACUGAGUGGCUGUAACCUGUCAGAGAGAAGCUGUGAAGCUCUGUCCUCAGUUCUCAGCUCCCAGUCCUCUAGUCUGAGAGAGCUGGACCUGAGUAACAACAACCUGCAGGAUUCAGGAGUGAAGCUGCUGUUAAUUGGACUAGAGAGUCCAUAUUGUACGCUGGAAACACUCAGGCUGUCAGGCUGUCUGAUCACAGAGGAAGGCUGUACUUCUCUGGCCUCAGCUCUGGACUCCAACCCCUCCCAUCUGAGAGAGCUGGACCUGAGCUACAAUCAUCCAGGAGACUCAGGAGUGAAGCAGCUUUGUGCUCGACUGGAGGAUCCAGGCUGGAGACUGGACACUCUCAGGGUGGAGCCUGCUGGAGUCCGAUGGUUGACACCAGGUCUGAGGAAGUAUUCCUGUGAGCUCACAGUCGACACAAACACAGUCAGCAGAAAGAUCAAACUGUCUGACAACAACAGGAAGAUGACACGUGUGGAGGAGGAUCAGUCAUAUCCUGAUCAUCCAGAGAGGUUUGAGUGUCCUCAGCUGCUGUGUAGAACUGGUCUGACUGUUCGCUGUUACUGGGAGGUCGAGUGGAGAGGAGAUGUUGAUAUUUCACUGAGUUACAGAAGAAUCAGAAGGAGAGAGAACAGUGAAGACUGUUUGUUUGGACUGAAUGAUCAGUCUUGGAAUCUGUGGUGCUCUGACAGUGGUUACUCUGUCUGGCACAAUAAUGAAGAAACAUUCCUCUCCUCCCCCUCCUCCUCCUCCUCAGUAGCAGUGUAUGUGGACUGUCCUGCUGGCACUCUGUCCUUCUACAGAGUCUCCUCUGACUCACUGAUCCACCUCCACACCUUCAACACCACAUUCACUCAACCUCUUUAUCCUGGAUUUGGACUCUUCAGGUCCAGUCCUGGUUCCUCAGUGAGUCUGUGUGGUGUUUAGUGUGCAGAGUCUCCUCCUGUCACAGAAACAUUGUCAGUGCUGAACAGUUGAGUCUGUACAGGAUCACAGUCACAUCAAUCUUUCAGCUUCUUGUAAUAAAUUCAUCAUCAACUUUGUACAAAAUGAUUCAAACUGAUUGAAAAGAUUCUUCAUUUACAUUUGAAACUUCUUCCAUUAAAUUGUGGAAAUUGCGUUGACUUGUACUUUCUGUCAUGUGUUGUUUUGAAUUCUGGCUCUUGUUCCAAUAAAAUCCACAACUAUCAGUGAAAUGUAAGAAACAGAAAACAUCGACUCGUCUGCAGCUUUAAUUGUAAAGAAUCAUUGUGAACAAAGUUGUAAAUGGACAGUAAAAUCUGAUCAAAUGUACUCGACACUCCACCUGAAACACUCUGACUUGUUUCAUGUGUUUCUAAUGAUGAAACUAAAAGUUUGAUGGUGUUGGUUAACACAUGUAAUUAUGUCCGUAGUGACAGAGUCAUAAACUGCACAACAUCUCUUCAUUUCUGUCUGAUUAUUAUAUGAGAAGAAAACACAUUUGAAUGACAAUCAUUGUGUUUCUCUCAGUGUUUUGUGGCUGUUGAAGUCCGGCUGUAUUUUCAGGACGUUUGUUGGAUUUGAAUCUGGUCCGUCAAACUAAACAGCUGUGAGAAAAGUCUUUCUCUGUCUGAGCCGGUUGGCUGAAGAUGUUUGGAAGUCUGAGAGCCGGAUGAAAUACUGAAACACUUUCAGAGAUCACAAACUAAACUGUCCUGAUGAAGUUUUUAAACAAGCGCUGAAGAGAUUUGAGCUCAUGUUUGAUGCUUCUGAACGUUGAUGUUCAGAGCAAAGAGUCCAAAACUUGUACAAAUUGUUCCUUUUUGUUUAAAUGUGACUUUGUUUGUGAAACGAUCAGCUGACGAGUUUAUAAUCAGACUGAAAGAUGUCGCACAGCGUCACUGAAAUGUUUCUCCUCUGCUGAAGUAGCUGAAUAUAAAAGUCUACUUGUGUCCUCAUCAUGUUGUCUGUCAGUGUGGAAACUGUAAAUAAUUCAUGUUGUUUUCAUGCUAUAUUAAAGGAACCAGAACACA